AUGAAGUUCUCCACGCUCAUUUCCACGUCCGCCUUCCUCGUCGGGCAGGCCCUCGCCCACGGCGGUGUCACCACAUACGUUAUCGACGGCACCAGCUACCCCGGCUGGUCGCCCUACAACCCAGCCACUGGACAGUCCACGAUACAGAGGCAGUAUAGCUCCUACGAUCCUUUGUACUCGCCCACUGAUGCCUUCCUCAAAUGCAACACUCCCGGGACUGGUCCAGCUGCUCUAGUUGCUACUGUUGCAGCUGGUGGCACCGUUGUUGCCAAAUGGGCGCAAUGGACCCACGCUGAAGGCCCUGUCUUGGUCUACAUGGCCAAAGUAGGAGACACCUUUGCAGACUCUGACGGCGAUGGACUCAAGUGGUUCAAGAUCGACGAAGCAGGUCUCCUGUCAGGCACUGUCAAUGCCGGGUCCUGGGGUCUCGGGGUGGUCCUGGAUACCUUGGAGUGGACCACCACCAUCCCGGCGAACCUUGCUCCAGGGAACUACUUGAUCAGGCACGAGCUUAUUGCGCUCCACCAAGCAAACACUCCUCAGUUCUAUCCCGAGUGUGCUCAGCUCACCGUUACCGGCAGUGGAACGGGGGUGCCGUCGGGAGCCUACUUGACCUCGUUCCCGGGUGCUUAUGCCGCGAGUGAUCCUGGUAUCACGAUCGAUAUCUACUCAUCGACGGCGACCACCUACACCAUCCCUGGACCGGCCAAGUGGACUGGUUAG